GCUCCUUUUACCACCUCGAAAUUACACCAUGAAGUACCUCACGCUGUUCCUUGUCGCGGCCGCCGUUGCCGCGCAGACGACGCAACCGACGACGACGACGCGCUCGCCCAACACCACCACGGUGGUGCCAUCGACGAGCGCAGUGCCGUCGACGAGUGCGGUACCAACGACGACGAACGCGACGACCAAGACGCCGACGCCGGCCAACAAGACGACGACGGUGCCGACAACGACAGUUGCACCGACAACGAGCGUGGUCGCCAACACGACGGCGCCCGUGACGACAGCAGUCGCAACCCCGAACGUGACGGCGACGACCGAGCCUGUCGUUGUGACCGAUGCACCGACGGAUGCCCCCACCGAUCCGCCGCUUCCGACGGCCACCAAGAAGAAGAACGUCACGACGACCGCACCGCCGUCGGCUGCCACGUCCAUUUCGGUCAUGUCGGUGGCAUCGGUUGCCAUGGCCUUUGUCGUCGCCACCUUGAUGUAGAGUCGCACCAUAGUAGUCGAUUACUAGUAUGAAUACUAUGCAUGUGUCGUGUCUGUCUGUUUGAGCUCGGUCAAGAA